UGUAAACUCAUCGACUCAUUGCAACGGAGAUGUAAAUAACUCGCCCCCGCCAAUUAGUGAAAUUCAUUGCAUUGAAAACGAACGAAAGAGUUUCCAAUUAAGCGAUCGACAACAUUACGAGAAUCAAUUAUCACUUACCUUAGCUCAGCGCACAAAAAAGUUCCUAAAAAGCAGAACCGAAAGUAUUUCUACAGAAAGUAUUUCUACAACCUCAACUAAAAUGUCUCCACCAAUGGCUACCCAGCUGAAAUUGUUAUUCCUUUGCGCUUUGGCGCACACCUCCAAUGCGCUGGCAGUACCAGCAGAUCUUAAUGCCAAAACGUAUCAGCAAGCAGCUGCAACAAGCUCACCGCCAACAACAAACAAGCUGCUGAAACAAACGCCACCCUAUUUGCUGGUACGCGGCGAUUCGACAUUUGCUGCCAUGGAUGCCGCCGCGCCUCCUUUGCUGGAUGCCAUCGAUUCGGCUGAGAGACGCAGCUUCGAUAUGGCUGCGGAAAUUUUGAAGAGAAUGUAUAGUGAGCAUUUGAGCGCCACUCUCGGCGGCGGCGGCGGCGGCAGCGAUGCGCCUAUAGAGAUGGAGGAAUGCAGCAAUCCAUCGCAUAAAGCUGCCUUCUCCGCUUAUGAUUAUACGAUACUGCUCUCCAUGCUGAUCAUAUCGCUGGGCAUUGGCGUAUUUUACGGCUUCUUCCACAAGUCGGGCGGCUCUUCGGAGGAUUUCCUACUUGGUUCGGGUAUGUCCAUAUUUCCGGUAACACUCAGCUUGACGACAAGCUUCAUAACGGCUAUCGAAUUGUUGGGAAAUCCAUCGGAGAUGUACCUACAGGGUACACAAUUCGUGCUGAUUGUGAUUCCGAUGAUUUUGGUCAUACCGGUCGCCGUUAAGAUAUUCUACCCGAUUUACUUCAAAAUGGAGCUGACGAGUUGUUACGAGUAUCUCGGCAUACGCUUCGGUCGGGAAAUACGCAUCCUAGGCGCUGUUUUGUAUGUCAUACAGAUGUGCUUCUAUACCGCAGUGGCUGUCUUGGCGCCCGCAAUCGCGCUCUCCAAAGCCACAGGCUUGAAUACCAAAGUUGCAGUGAUUCUUAUUUAUUUAGUUUGCGUUUUCUACUCCUCCCAAGGCGGCAUGAAAGCUGUAGUUAUUGCCGACACCUUCCAAGCUGCAGUUCUGGCCUUAUCC